AUGCGACCUUUUGGAUGUCUGUACAUUGUGCUUAGCUUUCUGGAAGCAGUGUGCUGUUCGUGUCCUGCUCAGUGCACCUGUGAUUAUCACGGCAGAUAUGAUGGCUCAGGAUCAAGGUCAGUGCUAUGUAAUGACCUGGACAUGAACGAAGUCCCUACAAACUUCCCUGUGGACACUUGGAAACUUCGCAUAGAGAAGACAGUGAUUCGCAGGAUUCCCGCCGAGGCCUUCUACUACCUGGUGGAGCUCCAGCACCUCUGGCUCACUUACAACUCUGUGGCCAGCAUCGACCCCAGCAGCUUCUACAACCUGAAGCAGCUCCACGAGUUGCGUUUGGAGGGGAAUUCUCUGGCUACCUUCCCUUGGGUGUCUCUGCUAGACAUGCCUCAUCUGAGGACACUGGACUUGCACAACAACAGACUAACCCGUGUGCCACCUGAGGUGGUCAGGUAUCUGAAGAACCUUGCCUAUUUGGAUUUAUCAAGCAACAGACUAAACACACUGCCGCCAGAUUUCCUGGAGAGCUGGUCCCACUUAGCUGCGACACCUUCUAGAAGCUCAGACCUUUCACCAAGAAGAAUUGUUCUUGGUCUGCAGGACAACCCCUGGUUCUGUGACUGUCACAUUUCUAAAGUGAUUGAGUUGUCAAAGAUGGCUGACCCUGCUGUAGUGCUUCUUGAUCCACUCAUGAUUUGUAGUGAACCCGAACGCCUCACAGGAAUUUUGUUUCAGAGGGCAGAGUUGGAGCAGUGUUUAAAACCAUCGGUGAUGACCUCAGCCACCAAAAUCACAUCUGCUCUGGGCAGUAAUGUCCUACUGCGGUGUGAUGCCACUGGCUACCCUACUCCACAGCUCAUGUGGACAAGGUCUGACAGCUUGCAAGUUAAUUAUACAGUAAUUCAGGAGUCUCCAGAGGAAGGAGUCAGAUGGUCCAUAAUCAGCUUGAGCAUUUCCUAUAAGGAUGCUGGGGAUUACAAAUGUAAGGCCAAAAAUUUGGCUGGGAUGUCAGAAGCUGUGGUUACUGUGACAGUGGUUGGUGUUGUCACAACCACCAUAUCACCAGACAUUUCUGAAAGAAGUAGAGAUCAACCUGAGAAGUUGGGAAGAUCGACUUCAAUGCCUACUUCAUUGUUGGCUUCUUGGUCCUCUUUUUCCUCAUCUUCCUCCUCUUCUCUUUCUACUUCGACUUUGUCUCCUCCCUCCACUGCUUCCUUCUCUUCUCUUCCUUUCUCCUCCAUUGUUUCUUCAACCACAACUCUAAGAACUAGUAUCAUAGCAAUCACCACCAAGGCCAGCAGGCAGUCGCUCCAGCUCCACCCUGGUGGGAAAAAAAAGACAAAGGUGGAGAUGAAUGGAAAUAAGCUUCCUCCAGCCAGUGCAAGUAAGAAGGAAGAGCUGCCAUUGUUGAACCAAGCAAGGCCUAUGGAGGCAAAUGCCACGAUAGAAGACAUCAGCGUGAUCAGCGAGACUGCAGAGAGUGUCAUUUUGACAUGGAACACUGCCAACACCACGCGUAACUCUGUGGUGACUGUGUUGUAUUCCAAGUAUGGUGAGAAGGAGCUUGUACUGUUGAAUGCAGACUCCAGCAAGAACCAAGUCACCAUCGAUGGCUUGGAGCCUGGCAGGCAGUAUGUGGCAUGUGUCUGUCCUAAAGGAGUGCCUCCUGAAAAGGAUCAAUGUAUCACCUUUUCUACUGACAGACUUGGAGAAGGUGAUUCCCAGUGGCUUUUCCUUAUUGUGGUGACCAGUAUUGCCUGUGUUGUUCUCCUGCCAUUGAUUUUUUUUUUACUGUAUAAAGUUUGCAAACUGCAAUGUCAGUCUGAGUCUUUCUGGGACGAUGACCUGGCAAAAGAGACUUAUAUCCAAUUUGAGACCCUAUCGCCCAGGUCUCAAAGUAUAGGGGAGCUCUGGACACGAAGGCACAGAGAUGAUUCAGAAAAAUUGCUGCUGUGUUCUAGGUCAAGUGUGGAAUCUCAGACGAAUUUUAGAAGUGAAUGUUCUAGACCAGAGUAUUAG